UACCUUAUCGAAAAGGCUAAAGCAGAAAAAGAUUGGGAGGAAGCUGUACCGUAUGAGAAGAAAACUCGAGGCAAGGUGUUCGUGCCAAAGAAGGUGGACGUUCAGGUCUCACAAAAAGAAUUAGCAGAUAUGGGGUUCGAUGUGGAGCUGGAUGAAGAUGUGAAUGAUGGCAGUCUUGUCGAACUCCACUGGAGACGGCGAAGGAUGGCGAAAGCUGGCCAUAUGCCCUAA